GAGCAAAUAGAAUAAAUACGUUCGCCUUCUUUAAAUGUGAAGCAUUGAAAUAAAAUGGCAUGGGACUGGGACUCCGAGAAAUGCCACCGUUUCUAGGAAUGGAUGUUAAAACAGCUCCUCACUUGACCACGUAGUCCCGCGCAUCGGAAUGUGGCACUUCAAGAUGGCGGGCAGUAGCUUGUCUUAAUCGUCGCAACUUUUCUUUGUUUUCCGAGUCGUCUGAGUAGGUUUCGCUCUCCGACUUACGAGUGACGAUGUGUAGUUUAGUGUUCGGCUCCGUUGCGUUGUCGUGUUCGUACGCAGUUCGUGUGACUUCGGAACAUUUUACGGAUUAAGUGAACUUGGAACUGAGUAGCCUUCGACAGUUCCGAAAGCAGAGAUGGUCGGACGGAUUCGUGUUGUUUAUGAAAGUGAUCGUCUGCCGACCGUCUGCUUUCAGUCUCAGGGAUUGUUGAUCAACAAAAGUGAUUCUCGUGCUCUCUCAUCAUUUGUCUAGUGUUACACACGAUUAACUGCUGUCCUGAGAACUCUGUUGUCAUCGCGAACCCAUCUCUUCAAAGGAACAGUGACAUGGGAAUGGAUUACAGUGCCAACAUAUCAUGAAGCAAACAAGCAGUGUACAGUGAAUUUUUACAAUAUAUUAAAGUCAGUGAAAUGUAGGCCUACAGAAUGAUGCUGCAAUGUCUAGGCAGACGAGGCAGGUACCGCAUUAAACGGUACCUUUGUAAAUGUGGAAGUGCAGUGAGUGUGUUAAGUGACCAACAGUGUCAAAAGUGAAAACUGUGCAUGUGGACAGAAGAGCGGGGCCCACCACCACUGGGCCCCUGUCUGGUCCCUGCGCUCCCGCGCCCUGUCGGGUCUAGCAUGGGCCAGCAAUCGUUUGCCACUAUGAACGCUGCAACUUCAGGGAAGUUAUCGACCCGUACAACGGGCUAUCACCAGAAAGCCUUGGCAGAAAUUCGAAAUUCUCUCCUGCCAUUUGCCAACAGUGGUGGUGAUAGCAAUGUUGGCUCUAGUGCUGCAAGUACAAUAUCAACCCUCUCAACAACAAGUGGUGUUAGUUCAGCCUCUGGACUAAGUGGAUUCAGUGCAGCUUCUGGCGGAAAUGGAUUAGACAAGGAUUUACCAAACCAGCUCCACAACAUGGGAUACACCGAGCUGAAGCAGGCGACGCUGGAGGCCGUCAACGGGGUGGGCCUGAACGGGCUCAACGGGCUCAAUGGGAUGAACGGCUUGAACGGCAAGGGCCUGAACGGGCUCAAGCUGAUGCGCAAGCCGAGCCUGGAGCGCGCGGGGGAGGCGGACAGCGGCGCGGGCAGCUCGCGGUCGGACAGCCCCCGCCUCAUGGACCUGCAGUGCCCCAUGCCCAUGCCCAUGACGAGGCAGUACAGCCCGCCGCCGCCGCCGCCGCCCCGCAGCGGAUCCACGCCGCCCCCGCCGCCGCCGCCCCACCACGCGGCCUACCCCAGCAACGUGCAGCAGCUUCUGAAGCGCAUGUCGCCCGCCCCCGUGGUGCCGACGCGGUCCCCGGCCGCACCGCCGCCCCAGGUGGACCGCGCCCUCCCCGCGCUGCCCGCGCUGCCGCCGCCGCCCCAACGGGGCACGAGUCCCAGCGGAGGGCGCCAACCCAUGAUCCUGCAGAACGGGCCUCAGGUGCAGCAGCAGUUGUCGCAGCAGAUGCAGGCCCUGUACCAGACGGGUGUGGCCGGCGAGCCGCCGCCGCCAUACCCCUUGGUGCCGUCGUCGCCGGGCCCCUGCGGCUUGGUGUCGGCGCCGCCGAGCUACUCGGUGUCCAUCCAGAGCCGCCAGAGCCCGACGCAGGACUACAGGAAGAGCCCCUCGUCCGGCAUCUACUCGGGGCCCACGUCGGCCGGCUCGCCCAGCCCCGUGACGGUGUCGAGCGCGUGCGGGGGCGCGGUGACGCCGCCGACGGGGCCCUCGGUGACGCGGCCCACGCCGAUGCUGGCGUGGGGUGCGCGCCAGGCCAAGACGCAGCCCCCGAUCAUCAUGCAGUCCGUCAAGAGUACGCAGGUGCAGAAGCCCAUCCUGCAGACGGCCACCGCCCCCGCCCAGCCCGCCACCGCCACGACGCCCACCUCCGCCCCCGCGGCGGUGGGCGUGGCCGUGGGCGUGGCCGUGGGCGUGGCCGCGCAGCAGGCGUCCAGCCCCUCGCCGUGCACCGGCGUGCAGCCACCUCCGCCGUCGUACGCCUCGUCGAUCCAGCAGAAGCAGCACUGCAGCAAGCCGCCCGCCCCGCCUCCAGUGCCCCUCACCCCUUCCGGCGCGCCCUCACCGGCGCCUGCUCCAUCUCCUGCCCCCAGUGCAUCGCCAGUGACUGUGCCCACCACGGAGCCGCCCAGCUACGCGUCCACCAUGCAGGUGCUGGCGGUGCAGCGCGGCGUAGCCUCGCGGCCGCUGCCCCCUCACUGCCCGCCGCCGUACGGUCCUGACGACCCUUGCGGCCACGGCAGCCCGCACGCCAACUCCCAUGGAAAUCCUCAUAACAAUCCGCAUAGCAAUACCCAUAACAAUCCCCACAGCAACCCGCACAGCAGCCACCAUAACAACUCGCACAGCAGCCACCACGCCAGCCCACACAGCAGCCCCCACGGCAUGCUGCACGGCAACCCCCACGCCAAUGCGCACCCCAGUCCCCACGGCAACCCCCACGGCAUGCCGCACGCCAGCCACCACGGGGCGCAGGCGGUGCAGUCGCGAACCUCGCCAGCCAGUGCCAUCCUGCAGCGCAAGUACUCCUCCCCGCACCCGCUGCCUGUCGGCCAGGACCGCCAGGACGGCCUCGGGGACACCACGGACGGGCCGCGGCUGCUCAACGGUGACCACGGCCCCACCCCGCCCCUGCCACCCACCGCCUCCUCGUCCGUGACCAACAAGUGCGGCAUGCAGAAUGGCGACAGGAGGCCGGCGCCCAGUCCAGGCCCGCACCACAUAGUCAAGCACCAGUCACCCAUCCCAGAACGGAAACAGUUUAGUAAAGAGAAGGAGGAAGAGCGAAGGGACAGCAGGGUUCGCAACUACUCCCCUCAGGCUUUCAAAUUUUACAUGGAGCAGCACAUUGAGAAUCUGUUCAAGUCCAGUCAGGCCAGGCUGUUCAGAAUCAGACAACUGGAGAAUGAGAUGAAAAAGGCUGAUCUUAGUUGGGAUGCUCAGUUCCACAUGCGGAAGAUGCUUUCCAAGAGGGAAUCCAACUACAUUCGCAUGAGACGAGCGAAGAUGGACAAAUCCAUGUUCACAAAAAUAAAGACUAUCGGUGUGGGUGCAUUUGGGGAGGUGACACUUGUGAAGAAAGUGGAUUCAAAGCACCUAUAUGCGAUGAAAACUUUGCGUAAAGCAGAUGUUCUCAAACGUAAUCAGGUUGCUCAUGUGAAAGCAGAGCGUGAUAUUUUAGCCGAGGCUGAUAAUGAGUGGGUAGUGAAACUAUAUUACUCAUUUCAGGACAAGGAUAACUUGUAUUUUGUUAUGGAUUAUGUUGCUGGAGGGGAUUUAAUGUCACUUCUCUGCAAAUAUGGAGUUUUUAAGGAAUCUCUUGCUCGGUUUUACAUAGCAGAGCUCACUUGUGCUGUAGAAAGUGUUCAUAAGAUGGACUUUAUCCAUAGAGAUAUCAAACCAGACAAUAUUUUAAUUGAUUCAAAUGGCCAUCUGAAACUUACGGAUUUUGGCCUAUGUACAGGAUUUAGGUGGACGCACAAUUCCAAAUAUUAUCAAAUAAAUGGAGAUCAUGCCAGGCAAGACUCCAUGGAUAUACCUGAUGAUUGGAGCUUAGGUAAAGAAUGUAGGUGCAAUCCUAUGAAGCCCUUGGAACGACGAAGGAGACGUGAGCAUCAGCGCUGCUUAGCACAUUCUCUUGUUGGAACACCUAACUACAUUGCACCUGAGGUCCUUCAGAGAACAGGGUACACUCAACUCUGUGAUUGGUGGAGUGUAGGUGUUAUUCUCUAUGAGAUGCUAGUCGGUUCACCUCCUUUCCUUGCCAACACUCCUGGUGAAACACAAUAUAAGGUUAUUAACUGGGAGACGACACUUCAUAUUCCGAAGGCUGCCAAUCUAUCACCAGAGGCCACAGAUUUGAUCUUGAAGCUGUGUACAAGUUCUGAUCGCCGUAUAGGAAAGAAUGCAAAUGAGAUCAAAGAACAUCCAUUCUUUGCCUCGAUCAACUUUGAUGGAAGCUUACGGAAACAAAAAGCUCCUCAUCAACCCCGUAUUCAGCAUUCUACAGAUACCUCAAACUUCGACCCAGUGGCACCGGAAAGGUUGAGAUCAGAUUCAUCUGAUGACUCUGACGAACAAUUAGAAAAUGAUAAUCAUCCGUUCCAUGGAUUUUUUGAAUUUACUUUCCGGCGGUUUUUUGAUGAAGGGGGCUGGCCACAGAAGCUUACUGUGGACGACAAUGACAAUCAGAGCCCCGUUUAUGUAUGAUGAUCGACUAGUGGGGAUGUAGUGUCCUCCUAGAAGAUAUAAAUUAAGCAAAAAAUUGAUCAAUGUGCCGUGUUUAGUGGAUUGUUAGUUUUUAUUUUGUGACUGUUAGGGGACCUCCUCAAAGCUUAACUCAUGCUUGAUUAUGCCACACUGGAUUUUAGAGAAAUGCAAAAUGUGUCGCAAAGCUUAGAGCAUUUGUUAAGAGUUGUGGAGGCACCCUUUAGGGCUAUGCAAGUAUGUGCUGCUGCCACUGCUCUCACUGCUACUAUUGCAGUGCUGCUGCCUCUUUCUCUGUUGCCCCUGGAUUAUUUGUCUGUGGCAUUUACCAAUUUCAAGGCUGGCAUUCUGUAUUUUCUCCUUGUUAUCAUCAUUUAAUUUAAAGGGCAGUAGUCCAAAAGAUUUGAUUUUAACUGAAUGCCAGCAUUAAAAUUGAUGAGUGCCAAUAUUCUCUUGUUUUAAUGUGCCAUUCGUUUUAGUAUUGUUGAAUGCCUUAUAUGUGUUAAAGCGACUUGUGAUUUACUGUCAUUCUGUUCUCUGUGUUUCUAUGUGAUGAUAACAGUCCUUGUUUCAAAUGAUAAUGUGUUUUCACUAUUCCCUUGGUGUUUUUGGCUUCUUCUUGUAUGAUUCUUCUUAAGGUCUCUUUGUGUAAUCUCACUACACAGCUCCCAUUAACUAGUGUUAAGAUGCAGAAUACUUUUUAUGUGAAGAACUGAUAAAAGCAAUGUGCCAAGUAUGAAAAUUAAUUUUAAUUUACAACUGUGCUUUUAGGAUGCCUCUGAAACAGAAUGGAUGUGUGUUUUAGAAGUCUUAAACUUGAUUUGAUUUUGGAAGUAAUGGCCAUUCUCUGGAAUCCUAACUUCUACACCCUGUCAUCUUUGCAUGUUCCAGUUGUUUUAAGAAUACUUCUUGAGUAGAAUGUUUGUAUACUGGCUUUCCUGUUGCAAUGUAGUUUCACUGAGAAGUUUUAGUCUUUGUCCUACCCAAAGGCUGCUUUUUGUUCUUUGAGUCUCAUUUUUUACAUGACAAAUCGGUCUGAACAAGUUCUGAAAAUGUUGUAGACAUCCAUUUUAGCCAUUCAUCGCAUUGACCUUGAUGCUGAAGGGCUGUGGGGGCCGUGUAGUGUCUUUUCGACAGUGAGGGGUGAAAACGUGAGGUCUGGGGUUUUGAUUUUAAGUAACAAUGCAUUUUGCUCAAAAUUGUUGAGGAAUGCUCAUUAAAUUCUCUUUAAUAGUAGGUAGAUUUUUUUCUACUAAAGCCUUAAAUGUGUGGAAACUUUUGUAAAUCCAAACUUUCGAUCUGUAUUCCUGUCUAAGAUUUAGUGUUUGACUGAUCAAGAAUCUACUGUAACUACAAUUUGCUCACUAUUUUCACACUAUUUGCACUUAGUACAUCUGUAAGUAAACGGUCCUGGAUAUUUAAUUUUAUAGAAAUAGGAAACACAUACUGAUUUUCAAGAUGAACGAACAGAAGGAAAAGUUAAUGUAAUGUUCAUUGUAGGCAGUGGUUCCAGGGGCAAUGAUUUCUUUUAAAAAAUUUGAGAGGAGGCAGAAGGAUACUUCUGUGAUAAAAUUUGAAUUUAAAUUGUAGGUUUAUUCAAUCAUAGCACUUAAAAGUGGGGUUGAUCUUUUAUUUUACUAUUGUAAUGGCAUACCUUUGUUUUCAGAUUUCUAAAUUUUUAUAGAGAAAAACUUGGUUUGAUUUUUCUUUCUUUGAAGUAUUGAUAUGUCUUUCUGAUAUAUGUAUUUGUUCUGGCUCCUAUGGAGUGCAUGUUACACGAAGUGUAAGCAGAAUGAUGUUUUGAGUGUGGUUUUGUUUUCAAACCAUGAGUUCAGUAAUGCAAAUUAUUUUUGGAGAAUUUUUUAACUAGUAAGUUUAUCAAAGUGCCUUCAUUGAAAUUUUCAAUACUUUUAGAAUGUCUUUUUACGUAAAGUUCUCAAAACAAAAUGGGAAGAUAUUAGCUCAAAUUGUGGCUCCCACUGUUAUCCUUUAUACACAUUACAAUAUACUGAGCCUCUACUGCACGAGUUUUUUUGCUGUCAGUAACCUAGACAGCAAAUAAAUAAAUUUGAAGGAUUUGUAGCUGGCUGGAUUUAUGUCAAAAAUUAUACCUUAUUUUGUGUACGGAAAGACAGCACUACUUAAAAAAUUGCUUAACUUGACAUGCUGUCGAUUUAAAAAAGUGGUUUACCAAAUCAUUUAUUACACCUUCAAUUACUUGUUGUCCCCACAUUGAAUAAUUUACUGAAGAUUGCCAAGAAUAAACUAAAAUAAAUUCAAAAGACUGUUAUAUUAGGAAUGUGUUUGGCUGGUUUACAUUCAUUGGUGUGUCAAAUGAAGCUACAGUAUGAUGGUAGUCUACAGAUCUGCCUAGAUCAUUUUAUUAAUUGAAGAUGUAUGAAAUUUAGCAUGUCUUUCCUAGUCUUUGUGGGGGGGAGGGGAGGGAGGGGGGUACUUAUAAUUUGUCCAUGUGGUUUUUGAAGUUAUCUUUAGCCUAGGCUCAUUAAAGUUUGGCGUACAGUACAACUCGCAUAAUUUGGAUUCUGGGAUGCUGAUUUAUAUUUUAUGGACAUCUUGUUGAAAUGCCAACCUCAUUUUGGUUGAGGUAUUGGUUGAAAAAAUGUUUGUGAUAUUGACAUUUUGAGUGUUAAAUCUUAUUUUGUGAUAAUUCCUGUUGUCAUCUGUGUUUUAGCAAUGAGUGCUCUUACAGUAUGUUAUUAUUGUACGACUAAAAUUUCUUUAUUGCCAACCUGACUUAUUCAAACUAAUUACUAUCAGAAACCAUGCUAUAGAAGUCCCUGUGUUCAUAAUUAGUCAAGGUCUCGUGGAAAAUAUGUUGGAUGUGAAUGAUGUUUUGUUUUUCAUGUAUACUUCAUGUUUUGUUACUAAGUUUCUGAUAGUUUCAGAAUUCAUAACAAAAUAUUUUAAGUAAUUGGGGGGGAUGUGUCGAUUGGCUGUGAGAACAUGCAUAAAGUUGAUUUUUUUUAUAUAGUUAUUGAGAGACCCCCAGUUUGCAUUCGUUAUAAAAUAUAUAAGAUGUACCCUUUUCUUAGUCCUGAUAUGAUUUGGGGAAAUUUCCUUCCCUUUUCAAUUUUAUCAGGUUGUGCUAAGUCAGUAGUUAGGAGAAGAUGUGUUCAGUGCGGGUUGGCAAUAAUUAAAUAGUUUAUUCCUUUUUUCAAAAAUGAUCAAGGAAAAAAUUGAACAAGCAUCACAAUUUAGACAUCUCUUUAAAAUUUAUAGUUACUAUGAGUCUCAAAGAAGUUUUUGAACUUCUAGAUUAUGUAAUAACAUUGUAUUGUAAAAUUACCCCACAGCAACAUGGCUAGAUAUUAUGUAAAUUGCCUUGGCUUGCAGCUAACCAAUUUUAUCAAUGUAUAAACGCUAGCCAAAGUGAUAAUUGUAUUAUAUAGGAGAUCUGGUUAUAACUUGUAUAUUUUGUAUAAUGUUCCAGCUUUUGUAUCAUACUAAAAUCUGUACUAACAUUAUGUGUAGAGUAAUUAUGUGGAUGUGUACAUAUUUUUGAAAAUGUGUUUAAAUAGAAAACUUGUGUGAAAGU